CUUUCUUCUCUCUCUACAAAUUUCAAAUCAUUUUCAAGGGUUCGUCUCUCUCUCUCACGUCCACUGUGUGAGGUUUGUGUGUUUUUCCGGAGAUGGCGAUCGCGACGGAGUCUCAACAAGAGGAGCACAAGAAUUCUUCAGCAAGCACAGCGGCAGAGAGAAAGAAAUGGACCUUAACUGACUUUGACAUCGGAAAGCCUCUUGGCCGAGGAAAGUUUGGACAUGUAUAUCUCGCUAGAGAAAAGAGGAGCAACCACGUUAUUGCGUUGAAGGUCUUGUUUAAGAGCCAGUUGAAAGAAUCUCAGGUUGAGCACCAGCUUCGUCGUGAAGUGGAGAUACAAAGUCAUCUUCGACACCCCAACAUACUACGACUAUAUGGCUACUUUUACGAUCAGAAACGUGUUUACUUAAUUCUAGAAUAUGCUGCCAAGGGAGAGCUCUACAUAGAGCUACAGAAGUGCAAAUAUUUUAGUGAAAGACGCGCUGCAACUUAUAUUGCAUCAUUAGCCCGAGCACUCAUAUAUUGCCAUGGGAAGCAUGUUAUACAUCGAGACAUCAAACCCGAAAACCUUUUGGUUGGAGCACAGGGUGAGCUCAAAAUUGCAGAUUUUGGUUGGUCUGUCCACACAUUUAAUCGUAGGAGGACCAUGUGUGGCACUCUAGAUUAUCUUCCACCUGAGAUGGUGGAGAGUGUGGAGCAUGAUGCGAAUGUAGAUAUAUGGAACCUCGGUAUUCUGUGCUACGAGUUUCUCUAUGGAUUGCCCCCCUUUGAAGCAAAAGAACAUUCAGACACUUACAGAAGAAUUGUCCAAGUAGAUUUAAAAUUCCCCCCAAAGCCAAUAGUUUCUUCAGCAGCUAAAGAUCUAAUAAGUCAGAUUCUAGUCAAGGAUUCUUCCAAGCGUCUGCCUCUGCACAAACUGCUAGAGCAUACGUGGAUCGUUCAGAAUGCUGAUCCCUCCGGUGUUUACAGGGGUUGAUUGAUGCUGCUGCUGUAACAUUUAUAUUUCUGGCCAAUCAAUCAUCUCAUACCUUGAUUAGCAUCGUAGAUUACAUUAAUCUCUGUUGCGUUAAAUGUAGAUGAAAGCUAUAUAAUAUGCAUUCUCUCUUUCUUAUACAUAUAUGUUGGGGCAGUAAUCAGCAUUAUCUGCCACUAAACGAUUAUCUGGUUGAAUGUAAUGCUUCUUAUUAUUGACAAUAA